AUGUCAUCCGCGACCACCACCUCCACCUCCCCUUCCUCUGCCAAAGCUCCGCCGGCCAAGAAGCGACAAGAAAAGCCGCUCAACUCGCUAGUCGCUGGUGCUUUUGCAGGCGCAGUGGAAGGGUUUGCAACGUACCCUACCGAAUACGUCAAGACGCAAGCUCAAUUUGCAGUGGCUAGCGGAGCCAAACCUCCCGGGCCUUUUGCCAUUGUCAAGGAGACGGUGGGUAGGAACGGCGUGCGAGGCUUGUACGCAGGUUGCUCAGCACUCGUUGCGGGCAACGCGGUCAAAGCAGGAGUCAGGUUCCUCUCUUACGACAGUAUCAAGCUAGCCGUAGCUGAUCGCCAAACGGGUCAAUUGACUCUUCCAAGAUCCAUCGCUGCUGGUUUUCUGGCAGGCUUGUGCGAAGGUGCUUUUGCUGUCGCCCCCUCUGAAGCUAUCAAGACGAGACUGAUAGAAGAUGGAAAGAAACCCAAGUCGGAGAGGUUGUACAAGGGUCUCAUCAGCGGUAGCGCAGCCAUCGUCCGCGCGGAAGGCAUUCGCGGCAUUUACAAAGGUCUCGUGCCAACCAUGGCGAGACAAGGAGCUAAUUCUGCAGUUCGCUUGACAACCUACUCGACACUCAGGGCGCUCGCUACCAAGGAUGGGCGCAAGACGGGCAGUGUGGAGACAUUCUUGAUGGGUGCUGCUGCGGGUGUGGUCACAGUCUACCUGACGAUGCCUUUCGACGUGGUCAAGACGCGAUUGCAAUCUGCCAAUUCGGCUCGCUAUACGGGCAUGCUCAAUUGCUUCACGACCGUCCUGAAGGAAGAAGGUGUGCUGAGGUUCUGGAAAGGCACAACACCGCGGCUUACCAGGUUGAUACUGAGCGGAGGCAUCGUCUUUACCAUUUACGAGAAUGCUCUCAACCUACUAGAUACCCUGGAACACAAGGCUGUUGACGUGGUCAAGGACAACGGAGUGGUCAAGGCGUAA